AUGGAAUACUCAAAGACUUACUUCAUUCUGCCCACAACUAUCUACAAACCGGAUGACUACAUCCAACUUGGCCAGAUCAUCACCGAUCCCCGAAAACCCUUCGAGCGACUUGCCAAGCCUCUGCCCCUCGAAGGCCCCCUCCGACCCCAUACAUCGCCACUCCUUGAAUGGAGUGCUACCAACGUGAAGACGGGAGAGUGCUCAGUUGGCAUUUUUAGCCAUGUUGUCAACAUAAUGGCUGCCGAGGCGUCAGGUAGCCAGUCCCAACAUGAGGCCCUGAGCUGGGAAGCGGCUCUUCUAGAGACGCGGUUCUUCGAAAUAAGCGAGGACCCCACAUAUGUUGAGCGGACUGCCAAAGUCCCAGCUGUGGAGGAAUGGCUCAAACAGCAUCGCCGCUUUGGAAAAACGGUCUACAUGAUUACGGGACUGAAGAUUGCUAAAAAUCCGGGCAAGGUCGCCUACGACGGAGCUGAUACUUCGACCCUCGCUGUCAACCUUAGGGCGACGCUCGACCCUGAAAACGCCCUUGAAGCUGGUGUCGCUGCCGGCAAUCUGAGAUCGGGAGUGACAGCUUACGAAGCGAGAGCCGAGACAGCCUACAUAUUUGCGUACCGUUUGCGCAAGCUUAGGGUGACAUGGCGCAAUCGGUUCAGAAUAGGCGAUUAUAAGGCGGGUGGUAAUUUAUACGGAGCCAACAAUAGAGGAGUUGAUAUGAGAGUGAGUGAGGAAGAAGAAGAUGAAGAUUCCAUGUUCGAGAUCGAGAGCGUCUCGUUUGAGCGGGGUGAUUUCGGGGCCUCGUUGCCUAAGAAGGACAAAAGGUUCCGGGCGUUUGACGAGCAGGACAAUAGCGCUUGCUUGGCCAUUCAGGUAGAUGUCAAGAAUCUUGUUUAA